CAGAGCACCACCUCCACCUCCACGAGCACGCGCACGCGCAGCAUCCCUGCUGACAUGCUAUGCCCUGUGCAGCACCGUGAGCUUCAGGAUCAAACACUCGACGAAACACAGGCUGACUGCAGUGGUAGCGAAGACCGCAGCACCCCCAGCAAAACCCGCAGCAAAAAAGGCCUUGACAACCGCCGUGAGCGUGAGCACCACCACAACGACAACGACAACGACGAGACAGACAACAUCGAAAACGAAAACGAUAAUGAGGAGGGCAAAGACUGCGACGACAACAACGACAACGACAACGACAAAGCCCAAGACGGUGGCGGGAGCAGCAGCAGCAGCAGCAGCAGCAGCAGCAGUCGCAAGCACGACAGUGAAGAAGAUUGCGGCCAAUGGACCGAGGAGGAAGAGUAUGGAACGCACUUGCUGCAUCUCGACGAUUACACGCUUGAGAGAAUUGCAGCGCACCUGGACAUUGUGGCAUUAAGUCGCCUUGCUCAGACAUGCAGGCGGCUGCACCAGCUGCGCUGGCCAACCGUUGACCUGAGCGUGGUGAUUGAUGCGCCCAACAGAAUCAGCUCCACCAUCCCAAACGAGGCAUGGGAGCAGCUCCUGGCCAGGCAUCCAGUCAAGCUCGUGGUGGCCUGUCGCUUUGCGGCCUCGUGGGCCUUGCAGCAGCCCAUGCGUAUUCUGCGAAUGCGCUCUCUGCGCGACCUGCGGCUGCAGCGCAUCCACAUCCCCUUCCACGCCGUCUCCGAGCUGUGCUAUGCGCUGCGCUGCUUCAAGCCCCAUCUGACGCGCUUCGAACUCAACUGCGUCACAGUGAGCACCAAAGCGCUCCGCCUCAUCCUGGCCAACAUGCAAGAGCACGUACCCAUGUUGAGCCACCUGACGCUCCACGCAGUCUCGCUUCGCCCCGAGAUUGUCGGCAUCAUGGCGGCCAUGGUCCAAGGCAGCCGCGCACACGAGCCCGUGUCCGCUCAGCAAGGCCCAGGCCUGCGCGUGCUCGAGAUUAAAAACUGUACCGUGCACACGCUGACGCCAUUGGCAAAGGCACUUGCUGGCCGCAACGCCCUGCAGCAGCUCUCCAUUGUGGCACCGAGCAGCAAGUCCCGGUGCUCAGUAGGCCCAAUCUAUCGCAGCCUCGCCAGCAACAGGAGUGCACAGCUCGUCUCCUUGGACCUUGCGCACGGCAACUAUGCACACGCCCAUGUGCCAGACUUGCUGGGGUUCCUGUCCACAACCUCGUCCCUGCGCCACCUCGUGCUUCCGCCGAUACAGCUGGAGCGGGAUGAGCUCGCCCUCAUCGUCGAGACGCUGUCAAACCGCGACAUGCUCGUGUCGUUUGCGUGGUGCGGCGUGUCGUUUGAUGUCGUGGCAGCCGAGGCCUUGUGGGGCUGGGUGGAGCACAGUCAGAAGCUGACACGCUUGUCCCUGACCCACUGCGACAUUGCCGGCCCACGGAAAGUGCUCGAGCAGCUUGCAAAGGCCGCCGCGCGCGCCUUCUCGCCGCGGUGCGCACUCCGUCAGCUCGACAUGACGGGCAGCGAACUGUUUGCCUCACGGAGCCUUCGAAGGAACAUCCUGCCGCUCGCUGCAAAGCGCCGCAUCACUGUCAUCCACGAUGCUUCCGACAAUUCCUGAACGAGCACAACACAAGACCACGCCACAUCAGAGUACGCGCAAUGCAGCUCCACACACGUAUGAUGCAGCGCG